AUGGAAUUUUCCAAAAAUCCUCCAGAAGAGCAGAUCGAAGAACUAGCUGUUCUUCAGUCAAUAUUCGAUAAGGAUUUUCAACAAUUUGAUCUUCGUAAUUUUGAAGUUGUCAUUCGAUUUGAUCUAGUAUUAUCACCAAUAACGAUUCGUCUACAAUCCCGUUCACAUGUUAUUCAUCAUUUUCCACCGUUAAAUUUGGUUAUUCAAUAUCCACAAGAUUAUCCAAAAUACCAUCCACCUAUAUUCAUUCUUUUACAUAAUUUUUUAUCAAAAACACAAUUGACAAUAUUAUGUUUCCAAUUAGAUCGCAUAUGGCAACAGCAAUCGCCAAUGAAUGUGAUUGUUUACAAAUGGAUUGAAUUUCUGAAAGAUGAAUCAAUGAAUCUACUAUGUAAUAGAGAAUUAGUGUUGACCGACCUAACCACUAUAGAUGAAUCGUCAAAUGAUUCUCGAGCAGUGACUACAUAUGAUAAUCAAUAUGCUAAAAGAAUAUUUGAACAGUUACUAGAAUAUAACAGAGAACAAAAUCAUUUAAUUUUUCAACACUCUGUUCAUUUAUGUGAAAUAUGUUUGGAACAGUAUAUGGGGGAUAAAUGUGUACAAUUUCAAAAAUGUUCGCACUAUUAUUGUUUACAAUGCCUGAAUCAGUAUGCAAAAGAACAUAUGAAUACUGGAACAAUUAAUUGUCCACAUAGUGAAUGUCUUGAAACACUUUUGCCAUCUGAAGUUCGUCGAAUAUUAAACGAUACCAAAUUGUAUGAGAAAUAUGAACGAUUUCAAUUUGAAAAGGGUCUGGAAAAGUUGAACGAUAUUGUUUGGUGUCCUCGAUGUCAAAAACCGGUCAGUUUCGAUGUUGAUUCAUCAUUGGCAAUAUGUUUACAAUGUCAAUUUACAUUUUGUUUAAAAUGUAGAGAUGUCUGGCAUCCUCAAAUAGAGUGUCCAAAAACUUUGCAAAUUAAAAAUCUAAAAGUCAAAUCUAAAAAUAACAAAAUUCAUCAAGAUCAGGAGAUGACCAUAUACAAGGAGAUAUUGUCAGCGGAAAUAAUCGAAGUAAAUACAAAACCAUGUCCAAACUGUAACAUCCGAAUUGAGAAAAAUGGGGGAUGCAAUCAUAUGAUUUGUACUAAAUGUAAAAUACAUUUCUGUUGGACAUGUGGAUGGCAUAAUUUUAUACUUACAGGUCAUACUUGUGCACCAAAUAAAUUUUACGGUCGAGAUGCUGCAAGCAAUUUUCAUCUUCAAGAGCAAGUAUUGUCACUACAUGAUAAUGAAAUCAGAGAAAUAAUGGAACAAUACGACACAGAUAAACCAAGUGUUAUUGGAACAACUCUGUCAUCACGAAUUAAAAUGUGUCCAAAUUGUCAAAAAUUACAUGUUAAAAUUGGUACACACAAUAUGUUAUCGUGUCAACAAUGUAAUCGAUCAUUUUGUUUUCUAUGUGGUGAACCCUGUUUUGGUAAAUAUCAUUUUUCUCCAUAUGGAUGUCAAGAACAUACCACACAUACAAACAUAUUCUCUGAUAAAACCGAGUCGAUUGCAUAA